AGAACGAGACCGUAACAAAAUAAGCAAAGAAUCAUUAAUUACACAGUGUUGUAGUCGUAGCUGCACCGCAGUAAAUUCUAGAGUCGAUUCCCUUACCUCACACCACCCACACACCAUCCAUAAAUACCCCCACCUUCUUCCCGCUUUCCCUCAUAUCACACACCCAGAAAAAAGGCUUUACCUUUCUUUCAAUGGCUCAUCAUCGGUUAGGUUUGCUCUGCAUUGUCUUCCUGACCUCGGUCUUUGUGUUGGCUCAUGCGAGGAUCCCUGGAGUUUUCACCGGUGGGCCUUGGGAGAGUGCUCAUGCUACUUUCUAUGGCGGGAGUGACGCCUCCGGAACUAUGGGAGGUGCAUGUGGGUAUGGCAAUCUGUAUAGCCAAGGAUAUGGAGUGAACACAGCAGCAUUAAGCACAGCGUUAUUCAACAAUGGGUUGAGCUGCGGGGCUUGCUUCGAGAUUAAGUGCGCAGAUGAUCCAAGAUGGUGCAACCCAGGAAACCCAUCCAUCCUUGUAACCGCCACUAAUUUCUGCCCUCCUAACUUUGCUCAACCCAGCGAUAAUGGUGGUUGGUGUAACCCACCUCGUCCUCACUUUGACCUUGCUAUGCCUAUGUUCCUUAAGAUCGCGCAGUACCGCGCUGGUAUUGUCCCUGUCGCUCAUCGCCGGGUACCGUGCAGGAAGCAAGGAGGCAUCAGAUUCACUAUCAACGGUUUCCGUUACUUCAACCUGGUUUUGGUGACCAACGUGGCGGGUGCAGGGGAUAUCGUGAAUGUGUGGAUCAAGGGCUCCGAGACUGAUUGGAUGAGCAUGAGCCGUAACUGGGGACAGAACUGGCAAUCCAACGCCGUACUCGUGGGUCAGUCGCUUUCUUUCAGGGUUAGAGGCAGCGAUGGCCGCACCUCUACUUCUAAGAACGUGGCAUCACCUAAUUGGCAGUUUGGUCAGACCUUCACGGGCAAAAACUUCCGCGUCUGAGCUCACUAGUCCUCUUUUCUUUUCUUUUCUUUUCCUUUCUUACCUGUUAGUAUUUACCUACUAGUACUGCAAUGUGAGUUUCCCCGCCUUCAGUUUUCCUUAAUUUUCUCAGGAAAACUUGGAAGUGAUUGGGGUUCACGGGGAUGAAAAUUGGGGCAGGACAGUGAUUCCAAAGUGUCUUUUUGAGUGGGAGAAGUGUCUUUUGCUUAGCGGACUGGUUAGAUUGAAAGUUUUAAGAACCAGUCGAGCUGCUGGUCAAAGUAAAAUGGCAGGAAAGGCUGAAGCGGCUGCAGUAAGGAACUUGUAGCCCGCAGCUCCUGUUGAUGUAUGUUUUCAUCUCUAUAAUACUACUACCAACUAUAUAAUUGUGAUCU